AUGGUCGGACAUGCAGGACGCAAGAGAGGGGAGCCCAAGGUCCCAGAAGACUCAAUUUCGUACCCACUGACUGGCACCAAGAGGACCUUCACGGGAUGUUGGACUUGUAGAUCACGUAAGGUCAAGUGUGAUGACAAGGUCCCAUAUUGCACGCCGUGCACCAAGACUGGACUCGAAUGCACCGGAUACCAGCAGAAUCUCGUUUGGGUAUCAGCAGAUCAGAAAACAUACAGACACAAUGCAAGACGUCUGCUCAAUCCCACUCUAACCUGGGAGAACAUUCCACCUUUGAGUGAAGUCAAGCUCGAAAAAUUGAUUGAUCAAUGCGAUAAUGAAUAUGGAUCUGAGACGGAUCGUCAAGCCAGCAGUCCUACGGCGGACAAUCCAUUUCAUGUUUUUCGAGCAAAAUCCUGCGGCCCGUCAGAAUCACAUAGUGGUUCGGGAGAGUCGGCACAAGAGUCGCCAGAAAGCAUCCAACUCCAGACUUCAAUUGUGAUUCCCGACAUUGGGUCCGAUACCGAUGUCGUUGAAUCUGAAAUUGAUGAUUAUAGCUGGGUGCCGACUGUGGCAGUCGAAGAGGGCGAGGAAUCGCUUCCGCUAGCCCUUCAGACCUCGCCGCAGUUAGAUAUGGUCACCUCGGAACAUGCAUAUCUUGUUCACCACUACAUCACCCGUGUGGUGCCUAUGCUCACUCCAACUCACAACACGAAGAAUCCGUGGCUCAGGUAUCCCACAAUUGCCCUGCACAAUUGCAUGCUUGGCCAAACGUAUCUUCUUCAUGCCAUGAUGGGGCAUGCUGCAAUAUUCCAGGGGAACACCGAAGAGAAUAACGUGUCCAUGCACAAAAUAGGUAUCGAAUUCUAUCUCAAAGCCAUGGCCGAACUUCGAAAAUGUAUCGACAGUGACAGAGGAGGGAUCGAAUUUGUCAGCGUGCUAACGACAAUGCUGACGUUUUUAUUGAUCGAGACAUUCCAAGGCAAUUCCAAAAACUGGAAGCUUCACUUCCGAGCUGCCUGGAAAUUUAUCCAGCAACAUCGACACCACAAGCCCUGGGACAAGUCGGAAGAUGCAUGGUAUGUGACGCAGAGUUUCUGCCUGUUGAGAAUCCAGUAUGGCACCACAACCUCGUUAGAAGACGACCCGGAGCUUCGAGAUCCCCUGGAAUUGAGCGGCGACCCAGAUGAUUUGUACGGAACCGUAGCCAGCAACCCAUUAUUCGGUGACACGCUGGGCUCUUGCAGCUUGAUUAUGGAAAGCAUCGCCGAAGUCAAUCGACUUGCCCGGGUUCAAUCACGCGAGGCAGACGCGCAGCCCACAGCAAAGCCUCUCCCAUUUCGUCUUGUGCGCAUGUUAACCGCGAGCCAGGAGGACCUUGAACCUUACACCCGAGCCGGACCAGAAUAUGGCGAGGUCAUGGCGCUCGGUGCAGUAGCCACCGGCGCCAAACGUGCUAGAGGAGCUCACUUACAGGCGUACAAGGUCGCCACGCUGAUCUACUACUAUCAAGUCUGUGAAAGACUUGUGCCUCGAGACCUGGCUACCUAUGUCACCGAAGUUCUAGACUGUCUGUCGACAUAUGUCGAUGGAAGCGAUGGGAAUCCAACCCUAUGGCCUGCCUUUAUCGCAGGUGUAGAAGCAUACACCGAUGAGGACAAAAUCAAAGUCUUGGAUCUGUUCCAAAUCACCUCGAGAACGGGCAUGAGAAGCCGCGUCAAGAUGCUCAGCUUGCUUCAGAGGAUCUGGGAGAUUCGCUCACUCACUGCCAUGACUACAGGGAAAGAUCCCGGUAUGGUCAGAGUUGACUGGCGCCAGGUUAUACAAGAUAUGUCUGUAGAUAUUUUGAUUGUCUAA